ACCCUCACCCCCCGGGGACCCAGGCUCAGAGCUGCCCAGCUCCCCCUCCACCUCCACACCCCCAUUCCUCAUACGCCUCCUCACGUCACCCCCACCAGGUCGGACGCCUGGGUCCCUCACUGCUGGGGGAGGGGGAAGCCGCGAGCAUUGGGAGCCCAAAGGGCUUUUCUGGGGGGGGGUGCCGGCGGGGGGGCUGGACAUCCCUUCCCAGUGCAUCGGAGAGUUGACCUAUCGAUCACAGAGCCGGAGACCAUGGCCUUGCCCUGACCCCCGCCCCGCCGCAGCCUCCUGCUCGCCGCCCCCCCGCCCCGCGGGCCCCCGGCCCCCCGCUUCUGCCUGCGCUGUGACCCCCCCCAGCCGCCGGCACGGCCCCGCCCCCGCUGCCCCGGUGGUGGCCCACGGCCCCCCGGCUGCCCGUUGUCAAACUGGAGUCGCUGAAGCGCUGGAACGAAGAGAGGGGCCUCUGGUGCGAGAAGGGCGUGCAGGUGCUGCUGACCACGGUGGGCGCCUUCGCGGCCUUCGGCCUCAUGACCAUCGCCAUCAGCACCGACUACUGGCUGUACACGCGCGCGCUCAUCUGCAACACCACCAACCUCACCGCCAGCGACGACGGGCCCCCGCACCGCGGCGGCGGCGCCUCGGAGAAGAAGGACCCCGGGGGCCUCACGCACUCUGGCCUCUGGAGGAUCUGCUGCCUGGAAGGGUUGAAAAGAGGCGUCUGCGUGAAGAUCAACCAUUUCCCGGAGGACACGGACUACGACCACGACAGCGCGGAGUAUCUGCUCCGAGUUGUCCGGGCCUCCAGCAUCUUCCCCAUCCUUAGCGCCAUCCUGCUGUUGCUCGGGGGCGUGUGCGUGGCGGCCUCCCGGGUCUACAAGUCCAAGAGGAACAUCAUUCUGGGAGCCGGGAUCCUGUUCGUGGCAGCAGGCCUGAGCAACAUCAUCGGAGUGAUCGUGUACAUCUCUGCCAACGCGGGCGAGCCGGGCCCGAAGCGGGACGAGGAGAAGAAGAACCACUACUCGUACGGCUGGUCCUUCUACUUUGGCGGGCUGUCCUUCAUCCUGGCCGAGGUGAUCGGCGUGCUGGCCGUCAACAUCUACAUCGAGCGCAGCCGCGAGGCGCACUGCCAGUCUCGCUCGGACCUGCUCAAGGCCGGCGGGGGCGCGGGCGGCAGUGGCGGGAGCGGCCCCUCGGCCAUCCUCCGUCUGCCCAGUUACCGCUUCCGCUACCGCCGCCGCUCCCGCUCCAGCUCCCGCUCCAGCGAACCGUCGCCGUCGCGGGACGCGUCUCCCGGCGGCCCGGGCGGCCCGGGCUUCGCCUCCACGGACAUCUCCAUGUACACGCUCAGCCGCGACCCGUCCAAGGGCAGCGUGGCCGCGGGGCUGGCGGGGGCCGGCGGCGGCGGCGCGGGCGCGUACAGCGGCGCGGCGGGGGCUGCCGCGGGCGGCGGCGGCGGGGCGGGCGCCGAGCGGGACCGCGGGGGGGCGCCGGGCUUCCUCACGCUGCACAACGCCUUCCCCAAGGAGGCGGGCGGCGGCGUCACGGUCACGGUCACCGGGCCGCCCGCCGCGCCCGCGCCCGCGCCGCCCGCGCCCGCCGCGCCCGCCCCGGGGACCCUGGCCAAGGAGGCCGCCGCCUCCAACACCAACACGCUCAACAGGAAAACCACACCCGUGUAGGGGCGCGCGGGGGACGGGGGCGUGUCCGGGGCGCGUGCGCGGGCGCGCGUGCAACGAGGCUGCUGGGUCGGGGCGCCUCGCUCUUCCCCGGGAGCGCGCUGGAGACUGCGUGGCCUUCCCCCUGCGCCCCUCCCCAGCUCCAGGCGUUGGGGAGCCCCCUCACCCUCCAAAGCAGGGACCCCGGGGGAGGGGUAAGAAAGGGAGGGGGCUCUGGUGAGGCAGCGUCGUGUUUUAUUUUUUUGUGGGAUUUAGGGGGCGGG